UGAGAUGACAGGCUGGUUAUAUUUGAGUCUAUAUGUUUAGAUUCUUGAGCAGCAAUUCUUCUUCACAAAGUCUAAACCAGCACAUAUGCUUGGUUUUAAAGCAUUUUAACUUGUAAGCCGCUUCGAGUUGGUAAGGCGUUUUCCUAUCUUAAAUGAGAUUGCAUGUUUAAAACUUAGAGGUAGAGCGCUCGAAUAAGAAUUAGUCCGGAUGUGACAAAUUUAAAAGUGCCGACUCGUAAUUGAAAUCCGUCCAAACUUACAAAGUUGAACUGUCAUACGAAACUAUGCCUUGAAUAAAGAUUCACAAUUUCACAGUUCAAUAAUUGUUCAUUUAUUGUUUGAUUUCUAGAAGUAGAAAGACAGCUGGUACACUUAGGACAGAAGACACAAGAAGAACAACUAUCUUACAUUAGAUUUAAUGGAUAAUUUUUUAUGGAAAUAUUUCCCGAAUAAAUGGCAAAGUUUGAGGAAGACAAUUCAACGGUAUUAAAAAAAAAAAAAUUAACGGUAUUAAAAAAAAAAUUAGAAGCAAGGAGCUCGAAACGACGUCGUGUACAGUUGUCGUCAUGCAAAGAAUUAAGUUGAAGUGACGCUACUUUACAUUUUUAAUCACGCUAAGUAGAUUUAAUGAGCAUGUUUUACCUUUUAAACAAUGCACACAAACUGUUCGGUAAAAUUCCCCAACGAAACUCUCGCACCAAAACCGCUCUGUAUUGCGUUCAUUACACUUCUUAUUAUGAUGUCUCAACAGAUAUUCAUCGCGAAAACGACAGCGUAGUAUCAUGGACAUAUAAAAUUUCCAAGCUGGUAAGCAAAAACCAGCAUGAACAGGCGAUUAAGCUGUUCAAAACUAUGCUAUUGACUGACCAGCGGCCUAAUUUUGUGACGCUAGUAAGCGUAAUACGUAGCUUAGGUGCAUUUAAUUGCCAAGAUUUAAUAAGGGUAGCUCAUGGUUUUGUGAUCAAGUCAGGGUUUGAUUUAGAAGCUCCUGUAUUGACAGUUCUGCUUGGAUUUUACUCAUUGUUUGAUAUCGAAAUUGCUCGGAAAUUAUUCGAUCAGAAGCUACAUUAUGAUGUCGUAUUGUGGAGUGCAAUGGUGUCAGCUUAUGUUAAGAAUGAGAAGUAUGAGGAGGGGAUUGAAUGUUUUCGGAGAAUGGUGAACUAUGGUGUGGAAGCUAAUUAUGUGACUGUUGUUAGUGUUUUGCCUGUUUGUGGUCGUCUUGGUAGGUUAUGUUUUGCGAAAGAGAUUCACGGGUUCUGUAUAAAAAAGAUGUUAUACUCUUUAACAAUUGUCCAAAACUCGAUUAUGGAUGUGUAUGCGAAAUGUGGAGAAUUUGAGUCUUCUGUUUCUGUUUUUGACGAGAUUUGGGAGAAAGAUUUGGUUUCGUGGAGAACUAUGAUUUGCAUAUGCAUUGAGAAUGGUUGUCCUAGAAAAGCAUUGGAUGUUUUCUUAAAGAUGCAAUCUUCUACCAUCGGACCAGAUGAAAGUGUUAUACGUGAUAUUGUGCUUGCAGCAUUACAAGCAGAAGAGCUUAAAUUUGGAUUGGGAUUUCACACUUACAUAGAGAAAAACGGAUUCUUAGCUUUUGUUUCAAUUGGGACUGUACUUCUACAGAUGUAUGGUAAAUUCAGUGAGUUCGUUUCAGCUUGGAUGGUGUUUAGUGAGCUGAAAUUUAAAGAUAUUAUUGCAUGGAGCGCGACGAUCGCAGUAUAUGCACGAGGAGGGAAACCUUAUGAAGCUAUAAAUGCAUUUGGACAGAUGCAAUCCUUAAACGAGAAACCUAAUGAGAUCACAUUUGUUAGCUUAUUACAAGCGUGUUCCGCAGUAGGUGCUAAAGAGCUUGGAGAAAGCAUUCAUGGAUUCAUUACUAAAGCCGGUUACUCAUCCAAUACUUAUUUGAAAUCCACUUUAAUUGAUUUAUACUGCAAACUGGGAAGCAUAGAGCGAGGGAAAGCUGUAUUUGAUGAAAUUCCCACUAAAGACUUAAUUAGUUGGAGUUCAAUGAUUAAUGGAUACGGGUUGAAUGGAUGCGGUUUUGAGGCUCUUGAAACUUUUACAAACAUGUUGAACUGUGGCAUCAAGCCCAACGGCACAAUUUUCAUUUCCAUCUUAUCAGCCUGUAGUCAAGGUGGGUUACAACAUGAGGGUUACAAAAUGUUUUAUUCUAUGCAAGAACAGUUUGGAAUUACUCCGAAACUCCCACACUAUGCUUGCAUGGUAGACUUGCUAAGUCGCCAUGGAAAUAUUGAAGAGGCUCUUAUGUUUGUGAAGAAAAUGCCAGUUGUGCCAGAUAAAAGAAUAUGGGGAGCUCUUCUUGCAGGUUGUAGAUCAAAAUGUGAUGGGUCAAUUGAGGUGGCAGAGUUUGCAGUACAACAGCUUAGUACACUAGACCCUGAGAAUACAAGCUAUUACGUGACUUUAUUAUUAGACUUACAUGCAAAGCAGGGUAGAUGGAAGGAUAUGGAUAGACUUACAAAAUUAGUGGAUGAUGAGGGUAUCUUAUUUCCUUCUCUGUUCUAUGCAUACACUCCAUUGCUCAAUAUCUUGCAUGCAGGGUUUGCCUGUUCAGAAAUGAAAAGAGGAAUCCUUGAAGUCCUACUUGUUCACGCGGAGGGCGUCGAGCACACAAAUCUCGUUGGAACACCGGCCUAUUAUGUCAUUAUACAAUGUGGAAAUAGAGUUCAUAAAAGCAAAGUUUCGUCAGGUAAAGAUGAGCAGGCGUGGUGGAAUGAGAAAUUCAGGUUUGAAUUUCCAAUAGCUGAUUGGAAACACAUGACCCAUCUAAAAUUCAGAAUUAUGGAUAAGGAAUUCUUCACAGAUGGUGGAUUUGUUGGCGAAACCAUAAUUUUCCUUGGAGGAAUAAUAGAUGAGGGUGCUAAUAACGGAAGUGUAGAACUGAAACCAGCUUCAUACAAUGUAGUACAAGAAGAUGACACUUACAAAGGAGAGAUUAAAAUUGGGCUCAAGUUCAUCACCAAUAAAGAAGGGCAUAUGCAGAGAAGGGCAUUUGAGGCCCCGGUACAUGAACCUAGGCAAUCAUUACUCCGAUCAAUCACCAAUUUCUUGAAAUCUUCAUGGUUGGAGUUCUGGAAUUAUUGCAGUAGAUUGAUAUGCAAGAAUAAGGUGAAGAAAAAUUAGAUUAGGAUAACUAAAUUAAGUGAAUCAAAUGUUUUUCUUAUUUCUGAAAAUAAUAGAAUUGAUUGAUCAAGAAAAGUUCAAUAAUAAUAGAGUAGCCAACUAAUAAUUCCCUUUUCAUGUAACAUUGGUUUAUAAUCAAAUUUUGAAUAAUCUGUUUCUGUU